AUGGAACAAGCAAAGAGUACUCAGAAAUCCACAAAGAAGUUCUUCAAUAAAAUCUUCCAUACGCAUAAUAGCAGCAAGAAGAAUUCCUCAUCCGUAUCGCCUCAUGCCUUUGACGCAUUUGAAAUUGUCCCUCGAACGAUCAAAAAUCUUCGAUCAGGUUCUAUACAAAGAAGAUAUUCUUUCUCAAAUGUGCAUGAAUCAGGUCAACGAAGAUUAUUGGCCGCUAAACGCGCAGAAUACCAAGAGAAGAUGCAAGCCUUUGACGAUUUAAUUAGCAAACGAAGAGGUAGUACAUUGCGAAUGGCUUUGGCUCCUGAUGUUACGAGUUAUUAA